UUAUCGCUCAAAAGUUUUUGAGGAUUCUAGGCUUCUAGCAGCAUGCACCCGAUACGUAACCGUAUCGGCUCUCACUACCAUCCUCACAUUGUUCUAUCAUUCUGAAACGAUGGAGCAUUGCUAGGGGUCCCAGCUUACAAUGUUCAGCCAUAAUGAUUCAAAAAACCGUUGAAAACAACGCCCUUGUUUCCCUCUCCCAGAAAUGCAAAACCCUAAACCAACUAAAGCAAAUCCAUGCCCACCUCCUCAAAUCCCACUUACCCGUAAACCCGUACGCCAUCGCCCCGCUUCUCUCCAUCGCCGCAACCUCCAAUGAUGCUUCUUUUCUUUCUUAUGCUCGUUCGGUUUUUGAACAUUUUCGUCAUCGCAACAUAUUCAUGUACAAUACUAUGAUUAGAGGGCAUGCUCAAUCACAUUCACCGGUACGCGCCAUCUUGUGCUAUUUUGGCAUGUUGAAUUAUGGCCUUGUGCCUAAUAACUACACCUUUCCACCGUUGAUCAAAGCUUGUACAUUUUCAGUCCCUUCUUCGAAGCUAAUAGGUCGUUUAGUUCAUGCCCAUAUUGUUACAUUUGGUUUCAGUGAUGACCCAUUUGUCGUCAGCGCGCUCAUUGAGUAUUACUCCGUAGCUCAAGACAUGGGAACUGCAAGAUUGUUGUUUGAUAUAACUCCGAAGAAGGAUGUGGUUAUGUGGACCGCGAUGACUGAUGGGUAUGGGAAAAUGGGGGACGUGGCAAAUGCGAGAUUGUUGUUUGAAGAAAUGCCUGAGAGGAACGUGAUUUCUUGGAGUGCGAUAAUGGCUGCUUAUUCUCGGGCCAGUGACUUCAAAGAGGUGCUUCGUUUGUUUAAGAAAAUGCAAGAAACGGGUAUAAAGCCUAAUGAGUCGGUGCUUGUUAGCGUUCUCACUGCUUGUGCUCAUCUUGGUGCUGUCACACAAGGACUAUGGAUCCACUCCUAUACUAAACGACAUAAUCUUGAGUCCAACCCGAUUCUGGCAACCGCGUUAGUGGACAUGUACUCAAAAUGCGGUUGUGUGGAAUCAGCACUGUUAGUUUUCAAUACUAUUCCUAAGAAAGAUGCAGGAGCAUGGAAUGCUAUGAUUUCCGGUGUCGCAAUGAAUGGAGAUGCAAUGAAGUCACUUGAUUUAUUCGGUGAAAUGAUCACAACAGGAACUCAACCUACAGAUACAACAUUUGUUGCUGUCCUUACAGCUUGUACACAUGCAAAGAUGGUUGAUCAGGGGCUUAAAUUGUUUGAACGAAUGGAUACUAUUUAUGGGAUUGUACCAAAGCUUGAGCAUUAUGCAUGUGUUGUUGACCUUUUGGCUAGAGCAGGUAUGCUAGAGGAAGCCGAGAGGUUUAUAGAGGAGAAGAUGGGGGGCUUCAGCAGAGGAGAUGCCAACAUCUGGGGAGCACUACAGAGUGCAUGUAGAAUUUACGGGAAUGUUGAAAUUGGGAACAGAGUCUGGAAAAAACUCAUUGAUAUUGGAGUGGUUGAUUCUGGUACUAGUGUUCUUUCAUACAAUAUGUAUCGGGAGGCUGGCUGGGAAAUGGAUGCAAAGAAAGUCAGAAAAACCAUCUCUGAUUCCAGACUGAAGAAGAAACCAGGUUGUAGUGUGAUAGAGGUCAGUGGCAAAGUUGAAGAGUUCCUUGCAGGUGAUCUUUGCCAUUCUCAGGCACAAGAAAUAUGUAAGACGCUUGAUUCCUUGUCCAAAAUCAUUAAUUUGGAGGACUGGGUUAAAUGAAUUGCCCAUUUUCUAUGUGAUAUUGUAUUAAUAAUUAUGUUCUCUCCUCUCAAUAUAUCAAGAAUCGAUUAUUAAAACUGAGUAAUACAAUCUUGCAUUUCUUUU